UCCUUACAAAAAUAAGAAUAUGUUUACACCCAUAUGGCGACCGUAUUGUAAUGCUUCCUUCUUAAGUGUAAGAAUACAUAAUGAAAACGAGUCAACAUUUUCAAAUCAAUGUUAAUUGUCAAACCAAGUUGUAUAGACACUUUCAGACACACACAAACACACCUACACACGCACAAACACACACGCACACACACACACACACACAACACACGCACACAUAAACGCGCGCACACACACACACACACACACACACACACACACUCGCACGUCACGCGCGUAUACACAUCCAAUUUCCCGGACUACAAUGGAUUACAAACAAUGCAACCAACAAAUAGGCUUAUAUUGUUUGCCGACAAUGAACCUGUCGUAAGCAUUUCACAGCAGACGUAAUAGUGGCAUGGUAACACAAAAUGACUUGAUGGAAAACUGAAAUAGGUCAGCCCAGGUACUUGAUCACAGAACUUUAUUUUAUUGUGGGCCUUUUUGUUGUUCUGUUCAAUAUUAACUCAGUAGUAGCUGAGUACAAAAUUGCAAUACACACUUUUUUGGAAGAUGAAUGGUAGUUAAUACAACUAAUAGCUUGAUACAGAAAGGACAAUUAUCCCUUGUGUGCCAGGUCGUGAAAAAAAUGGAUAUUUGUUGUGCUACAAGUGCUGAUCUCCGCACAGCUGAACAUGCCAUCUCGUUUCACACAUUUAAGACACACAUAGACGCAUAUACAUACUCGUAUACAUCCAUGGACGCUCGCUCACAUACUCUUAUAUGCAUACAUAACUGUUUUGGUUGUUUUCAAGUCUGGUGAAAGGAAGACGUUUCAGCAGUUUCACUUCAUUUCGUGGCCCGACCAUGGUGUUCCCAAAAUACACGAUUCAUCGAGUCCAUGUACAGAGUUCGUCAUACGAAUCCAAUACUUCCCGGUCCAGUGCUGGUACACUGCAGUGCUGGUAUUGGUCGAACUGGAACAUACAUUGCCUUAGACAUCCUGCUGGAUCGGGUGGAAAAAGCUGAUCUCAUUGAUGUUAGCAAGGUUAUAAUUGACAUGCGAAAUCAACGGAAAGGAAUCGUCCAGACCACGGAACAAUACGAAUGCAUUUUCCUCACCCUGUUAGAGUUAUGUAAUCAUGGUAAAACCAGUCUCGCCAAUGGCGAGUAUCUCCAGCAAUAUGCAGAAAAGAAAGGUUCCACGGUCAUGGGAACAAAAACAAUUGACGAACUAGCAGAGGAAGUCGAAUCACUGAAUAACACUCCUUUCACAGAUUCUCCCGACAAGUACAAGGUGUUACCUGGCGGCCAGGAUAAAGAGUGUGCAAUGCUUCUGCCAUCUAAACUGGCGAACGGUGGAUAUCUUCUGAUAAAGGAUAUAAAAGGAGCAGAAAAACGUUUCUGGAAACUCAUGACAGAAAAUGAUUCCUAUACGAUCAUUACUUUGAGUUCUGAGACUGGUAUUAAGUUCAUUCCAAAGCUGUCUGGCUCCAUGACCCACGGUGGUAUAACCAUCAGUGCACGUCGACAAACAACACUCUGCCAAGAGUUAACAGAGACGAUACUGCAGGUUAAGACAAAGGGAGAAACAAAAUCGAGGGAAAUACAACACUACAGGAUUAAUGGAUGGUCUUCUACACUUGACUCCUCAAAACUGAUAUCCAUCCUAACAUUACUGACUGAAAAGAUACACAAGAAACAGAAGGAUGUUGGACAACACCCUGUGGCAAUUGUGUACAGAGAGUCUGAAGCUAAAAACGCUAUCAUUCUGUGUAUUGCAAACAACAUCAUGGCAGGCAUAUGGGUGGACAAUGAAGUGGAAAUAUUCACCAACAUUAGAAUGUUUCAAGCCAUGCUACCGAAUGUAACAGUUACACAGGAGGAUUUUACAUUGUUCUGCAAGCUGGCAUUUGAAGCAUCUUCAACUGCAUUUGGCAUAGGGAAUAUGAACAUAAUACAGAAAUAGUUCAAUAAUGGCGUGCAGAAAGGUGGACACCAUUCAUCACAUAGAACUGACAAAAUAUGUGCUUGUUAUUGUGUUCUUUUAUAUACAUAAUUAUUUUCACUCUUCCAUUUUCUGGGCCUUUAUGUCAAGUCUAAAUGAUUGUAUAUAUUUAGUUGAAUCUGCAAAACUGCGUUGUAAUGUUUUUACAAAGGACGAUAACUGUGUUUCAUGCUUGGGCUAGCAUUGGUUUAACAUGUCUCUGCGUGAAAUCAGACAAUCCGACCUGUAAACAUGUUUUGUUUUCAGUGUUGGUGAUUUUUAAAAUAUUCUAUUUCAGCAUUUAUACUUUGUUAUAUACGGUUGAGCACUGUUUUUUUAUAUUGUGGGGACCACUUACAAAUAUCGACUUAACCAAAUAUCAACUACAUUUUCAGACAAAUAUGUUAAAAAAAAAACCAAAACAAUACAAACAAGAACUGUUUAAAUAUGAUAUAUACAGAUUAUUAUAUGAGCUCGAGUAUCGUACAGAUUUUACGAAACCAGCGUCAGGAUUAUUGUAUUGUCCGAGCGAGAGUGAGGGUAAUACAUUCAUCCUGACCUUCGUUUCGUAUAAUCAGUACGAAUGUAAUAAUGUCUUUAUUAUCCAUAGUAUUAUUGGUAUGUUGUUAUGCUACUAUUUACAUGAAUAACAAACUAGGUCCAUGUCAAAUCGUUUCAAACGUAAUUAGAAGGAAAUGACGAAUUUCGAUUACAAAGAGCUAACACUGGGGAAACACGUGUCGUACUGGUUAUAUUUUCCUCUAUAUCAUGAACUAUGUGGAUAUUAACUAAAUAUAUAUAUAUAUAUAUAUAUAUAUGGUUUUUGUCGAAUCAUACAUUUAAUUUGUUUUAUUAUUUUAGCCAAUGUCAUAUUGUUAUGCAAUGAAAAUUAAAACAAUCAAUCAACCAAUCAUACCGUUGUGCACGAAAAGUAAAACUACAGUGGAUGUUACCACAAUUUUGUUUUGUUUUACAAACUUGAAUUUAGAUGAAAAUUGUAAUACGAAUAUACAAUUACACUAAUUGUUUUGUGGAACAACAGAUAGAAAACCCAACAUUUAAUUCGUAAAGGUUAGUAAUAAUGUCUGUCGCGCAUUGGGUCGUAUCAUAAAAGCUGCAGUGCUAAAAAAAACGUUUACUUCUGGCAUCGUCAGCUCUGGUCAUUGAACGUGAAGAUCGAACGCCUCUUCAUUCUCCGUAAACAACCUUAGAAUCCGUUCCAUAUACAACAGAGACACGGGCAGGUAACAUCUCUUGACGUCGGCAGAUGCGUAUUCCACUGAACUCGCACCGUUGGUUAAUAGAUGUGACAUUGUAACAGUUGUUGGGGUCACUUCCAUACUCCGAAUCUUUUGAUUCAAAAAAAGAAAUGUUUUAUUUAACGACGCACUCAACACAUUUUAUUUACGGUUAUAUGGCGUCAGACAUAUGGUUAAGGACCACACAGAUUUUGAGAGGAAACCCGCUG